AUGAAAAGUGAUGAAGUCGUCAAGAACAAAAUUCAAAUAAACAGGAGGAUUCAAACUGAGUACCUUAUGAACAAUAUACUUGAUAAAGAUUUCCAAGCUAUGUUGUUUCCUCUAAGCUGCAUCCGCAAGACUUGCAAGAACGUGUUGCGUUUGAACCGCGCGUCGCUGCGCAAGAUGUCGGCGUUCGGCGUGUUCGAACUCGACGCAACGUUCCCGCUGCGGCUGCUUAGCAUAAUCGUGACCUAUGUUGUCGUGCUACUGCAGUUCGCCUUUUUAACUUAG